AUGAAUGACGCUCAGGAGGCCACCUCCCCCGCGACCAGCCUCAGUGGCCCAGCUACCUGCGUCUCCAAAGUAGAGCUGCGCGUGUCCUGCAAAGCUCUGCUGGACCGAGACACGCUGAACAAGUCAGACCCCUGUGUCAUACUCAUGGUACAGACCAACGGACAGUGGACAGAGCUGGACCGGACAGAAGUGAUCAAGAGCAACUUGCACCCAGUGUUCGCCAAGGUUUUCUCGCUGGACUACUACUUUGAGGAGGUUCAGAAGCUGCGAUUUGAAGUCUACGACAUCCAUGGCACUCACAGCAUCGGGACCCGCGAUGACGACUUUCUGGGUGGGGUGGAGUGCACACUUGGCCAGAUCGUGGCCCAGAAGAAGAUGGUGAAGCCUUUAUUGCUGAAAUAUGGGAAAUAUGCCGGCAAGUCCACCAUCACGGUGCACGCUGAGGAAAUUUCUGGCAACAACGGGUAUGUGGAGCUCUUCUUCUGUGCAAAGAAGCUUGAUGACAAGGAUCUCUUCAGCAAGUCAGACCCAUUUUUGGAAAUAUACAGAAUCAAUGACGACGAAACCGAACAGCUUGUGCACAGAACUGAGGUGAUUAAAAACAACCUGAAUCCUGUGUGGGAGCCCUUCAAAGUGUCUCUCAUAUCCCUGUGCAGCUGUGAUGAGGAGCGGAAGCUCAAGUGCCUAGUGUGGGAUUAUGACUCAAGGGGGAAGCACGACUUCAUCGGCGAGUUCUACGCCACGUUCAGGGAAAUGCAGAAAAUCUCAAGUGGAAAUAAGGUGACGUGGGAUUGUGUGAAUCCCAAGUACAAACAGAAGAAGAGAAACUACAAGAAUUCAGGAGUUGUCAUCCUCAGUGACCUUAAGCUCCACAGAGUGUACUCCUUCUUGGAUUACAUCAUGGGAGGAUGCCAGAUUCACUUUACGGUUGCCAUUGACUUCACAGCCUCCAAUGGAGACCCCAGGAACAGCUGCUCAUUGCACUACAUCAACCCUUACCAGCCCAACGAGUACCUGAAGGCUCUGAUAGCAGUGGGGGAGAUCUGUCAAGACUAUGAUAGUGACAAACGAUUCUCAGCUUUGGGGUUUGGUGCCAGAAUUCCUCCAAACUAUGAGGUGUCACAUGACUUUGCCAUAAAUUUUAACCCAGAGGAUGAUGAAUGUGAAGAGAUCCAAGGCGUGGUUGAGGCAUACCAAAACUGCCUUCCUAAGAUCCAAUUGUAUGGCCCAACCAAUGUCUCCCCCAUCAUCAACAGAAUAGCGAAGCUGGCAGCAGGAGACGGCAACAUUAAAGAUGCUUCUCGAUACCACAUCCUGCUCAUCCUCACGGAUGGUGUAGUGACAGACAUGGCAGACACGCGUGAAGCCAUUGUACGAGCCUCCUACCAGCCCCUCUCCAUAAUCAUUGUCGGUGUGGGCAAUGCAGACUUCACAGACAUGCAGAUUUUGGAUGGAGAUGAUGGAGUGCUACGCUCACCGAAGGGCGAACCGGUCCUCAGGGACAUUGUGCAGUUUGUGCCCUUCAGAGACUUCAAAACGGCUUCACCUGCAGCCCUGGCCAAAUGUGUUCUGGCGGAGGUGCCCAAGCAAGUCGUAGAGUACUACAGCCAUAAGGCCAUCUCCCCUAUGUGUCCUGUGAGGGACUUACUGACCCCCAUCCUCAGCCCAGUCGCCACCACCCCAACAGAAUAA